GGAGACACAGCAGGGUAAGUUAAAUACUGACUCCUCAGAUCUCCAGGCUUGGGCGUGACGACCAUCUGCAGGAGCACAGGUGAGCUUUUAGUCAAUGUUUGGAAUACAGGAGGAAAAAACAACGACAUCAUGUUUAACUCCUGUUUUCUUUUAUUCAUCUGCAGAGAUACAGUUUGUUUCAGGUGUAGACUUCACAGCCAGUUACCAUGUCCUUCUUAAAAAGAUUUUUUAAAGAUGCCAUCCAUGACCGAGACAUUGAUGAAGACACAGUCAAGGUGAGUUUGAGAUAUCCAAUUAUACAUCAAUUGUUUCAUUAUACUUCCACUUAAAGCCUCUGUGUAAUUUAAGGGUUAAAAUGAAUGUUUUUUGUAAAUGAAGUCUGGAGUUUCAGGACCUGGGGGUGUGGCUGACAGGCUCAUUUGUUUUGAUCUGAGAUGCUCGAGCUCUUCUGUGACAGCUUGUGGUUCUACGUGCCAUAAAUCAUUGCUUUAGAUUUUACCAUAAUCGUGCAAAUAAUGACACAACUGUAUUUUUUAGUGUCACCACAUGACUACACUGACUCACUGAAUAGGGAUGUUAAAGGAAUCAGGGAUUUUGGAAUGGAUUUGCUGCUGAAAGCUGAUCGUUUACUGAUUGCUUGUGAUUUAUUAUAAUACUGUCUUUUGGUUGUUUUGGUCUGAAACCUUUUAAGCUGCUGUCUUGGCCAGAGAUUUUGUAUCUCAGUGGAAUUAUAAUAAAAGGAACAGAUGUCAAACGGCAGUGCUUACCUUGACUCCUUACUUAGAAACCUUGGUGUUAUUUCAGACUUUGUUGCCCAAUCUCCCACUUACCAUCUCCUUUUUUACUUUUUAGAUCUUACUGCUGUUUACUUUGUAGUUUCUCCAUCUUACAUUUGGUAUAGUCUUAUUUUUCCUUAGAGUUGAAUAUCAUCACGUUUUUGUGCUGGUAUUGGCAACAAUUUGUUAGUUUGCAUGUAAAUGGGCAGCACAAGCCUGUUUUCAGAAGCUUGUAAAGUUUAAUACUGCCAACACUUUCAUGAAGAUGUUUUUCUUCUGCUUUACUGAAUCUACUUUGUCCUUGCUCUCUUGGGUCACUCAGCAUAAGACUCGGCGUAAAUCACUUUUGGUUUGUGCAGAUAUUUGUUAAUCUUGUAGCUGCUGGUCUUGUUUGCUUUUGUAUACCCUGAAAAGGCAUCAACAUAAAUUUCAGUCUAUUUCAGAAAUGUCAAAAGACUCCUUUCUGAUGUACUUUCUGUAUGAAUAGCUCUAAAUAAAUAGACUCUUACGGCUGUUAAUCUUAGUUUAUAAAAUGUCCAGUAGGUAAAUAACCUCUUAAAAAGGCUCUUUGAUAUUUGGAGGCUAAGGGCGCUGGGCAAUGUGUUUCAGGAAGAUGAAGAGAAUUUGGAUUUCCUAUGACUGUCUUAAAACUCAGGGUUUAAAACAAUGAAUACCUGUUUAUUUGCAGCAACUCGCAGGAAAAAAAGCGCUAAACAUCUGUAUUUCUUGCUGUUUUUCCAGGUGAAAGGUAAGAAGAAACCAAAGUAUUAUGGAACAAUCUCAGAGUAUCCAAACUUCAGUGCCAGCUCUGACGCUUCUGUCCUCCAGAACGCUAUUGAACAUGAUGGUGAGUGGUUUAAUGUUAAUUCAUUUUAACAAUCAGGUGACUUACUCCUCUGUGAAUGUCAUUAAAGUCAUGCUGAACAGGAAGAAAGUCAGCUCUCCUGAGCUUUUUUUUAACGGUUAAAAGUUUCGGCCCAUGUCUGGCAGAAAACCUCUGUUCUGAAAAAGUCUCAAGGUGUGAUGCUUUAAAAUAAAAAGUGAGUAAGUCAAAUUUGUGCCUGACAGAUGUGGAUGAGGAGGUGAUCCUUUCAAUGCUGUUAAAGAGGAACAAUGAGCAGAGACAGAAGAUCAAAGUGGUUUAUGAAGCUUCAACUGGGGAGGUGAGUGAGUCCCUGCAGGUAAAAACAAACACCAGUUCGUCAAUGGAAAAUCACUGAAAACCUCCUCCUGACUCUACUUUGUGAAGUGUGUUAUGAAUUUGUACGAAUCUAAAACACUAAUGUGACCAUAACAAGUCACUAAAAAUCUUUCUUAUUGUAUUAGCUUUUGACCUGGUGUUUGAGCUGUUUUUUUCUAUUAAAAAUUAGUAUUACAUAACAUUUAAAAGACUGUCAGAAACAUUACAGGGAUUGUCCUGCUUAAAUCCUUGCUUGGUCUUGAAAGACCAGUUUUACUGUGGCCAGUCAGCAAAUUUCACAAAGCUACAGAUGGGAUUUUCUCUUCGCUAAGUCAGUUUGCUGAUUUCAUGACUUUCCUCUUUGGUCAAGUUUAUUAUUUUGCCUCUAAAAACAAUGCCUGCAGUCUUUUUCCAUCUCUAAGACGAACUUUUUGAGGCAAAUGACACACAAAAACCUUUUAAAAUGCAGCAAAAUCUGGUAUGAAAGUUUGCCUAAAAGUCUUCACAUGGCUUAUUCAAAAAAGUUACAUAGACUUGCUUGAAAGAAGAAUAAGACAUAACCAUUAAAUACACUGGUCAGUUAUAAAUUUUCAAAGUGAAAUUCAUUUUUUUUUCACCGAGUUUGCCAUGCAACUGGCACACAGAUCAGUAAUAUGCACAAAUGCAUGAAAAGGAUUCUGAGGAUCUGCUGCAUGCCCUGAAGGAGAUGACAGAGUUACUCUUGUUUUAAGUUAAUGAACAUAAUUAAUUAAGUCCAAAUGUCUGUGUGUUUUCUCCUUGUGCCUCCCUCAGCGGCUGGAUGAGGCUCUGAAGUCGGUUCUACGGUCAGAUUUGGAGGACGCCAUUUUGGCUCUGCUCAUGACACCUGCUGAAUUUGAUGCCUACGAGCUUAGGCAGGCCACAAAGGUAAAUAUCAGCCCUUUGUGCACCAAAUAUAAGCAGCAAUAAUGUUGAAAGAAUCACUCCCCAUGUGACUCUUUUGUUCAGAUUUGAACCUAUAGAGUCUUUAAAAUCAGAAAGAGUGAGUAAACACAAGUGACAAAGCAGCACACUCAAGCCCAUGACAUGUUUAGGAGAAUACAUUUUGAGCUAGUUGUGUGCUGAUCUUUAACUCUUGUACCUUUUAUACAAUCUGCACUUUUUUCUUGAGUUUUGUCUGGAAUUGAAACUUUGAAAUGUUUAUAUGUAGAGAUUGAUUUUGUGAUUUAUUGCAGUUAGUUAAAUGACACAUAAGUACCUUUUUUACUUAUUCAAACUGCUUUAAAUCAUCAGGGUCUUGUCUUUUCAUUCAAGUCCGAAGAUCUUACCAGGAAUCUUGUGCUUGGGAAACUACUUUUGUUUUAGAUUUAAAGUAAAAGGUGUUGUGUGUAAAUUGAUUUGUGGAUAAAGAUAAAUACAUGAAAGAAAACCACAAACUAAAGAGUCCAACUUCAUGAACUUUAAAAAUACUGUCUGUUAACUCCAUUAAACUUUCUUCUAACAGGGUUGGGGCACAGAUGAAGAUGUGCUCACUGAGAUUCUGGCAACAAGGACAAAUGAAGAAAUCGUGGAGAUCAAGAGGGUCUACAAAGAAGGUUUGGACUGUUUUCGUAUGUGAACUUGUUGAUGCGCUUUGUGAGCUCUGAGGUCCUCAAAGUUUCUUCAUGAAACAUCUUCAGUCCUAACCUACUAGUUUAAAUGCACAAAGCAGUAAUACAAGGCUGAAUUCCUAGACAAUGCAGCACUGUAAUGAGCAUGGUGACCCUUUAAAUAACAGCUUCCAGUGGACAUACUUGCCUCAGUUUUGUUACAGUUAUGUCUGUCAUGCUGCAAAGUCUGUUUGUGCAAUAAUGUUUUUUGUCCCUCAGUGUACGAGAGAGAUCUGGAGGAGCUCAUUAAAGAUGAGACCAGAGAUGACUUCACUACAGCACUGCUGGAGAUGCUGAAGGCUCACAAAGAUGAGACCGAUGAGGUUGACAUGAGUCUGGCCCAAAAGGAUAUGGAGGUAAAAUUAGAGAAAAACAUUUGUGAUUUCAGGGCAGUUGGAAAGUAACGACACAUUUCUUAUCCAGGUCACAGAAGAAGAGUCCUGUUGUGCUGUACUUGUGUUUGCAUAUUUGUAUCUUUGCAUAUACUUUGAAUGUAAUGGGUCCACACAGGCAGAGAAAAAUGUGGCUUUAAAUCUGAACACGCCUUGACAGAGCUGAUCACUGAUGUGUCAUUGUCAUUUUCUACUCAUGUUUACAUCACAAACUUCAGGAAUUGUUGUGUUCUUCUUUUGUUCCUGCAGACUCUGUUCGAGGCAGCUGAGCAUCCUGAAGGAAUCAAUGUUACUGCCUUCAUCAAUAUCCUGACUCACAGGAAUCCAAAGCAGCUCUCCAAGAGUGAGUGUCUGAAAUGUCUGAGUCUUUUCAGCUGUUAGGUUGAAGUCAUCUGAGACUCAAAAACCAACACCUAGACAAACAGGUGGAACUACACCUGCAGGUAACAGGGGAUACACACCCAGGAGUUCAGUAACAAUACAAAACAGUGUUCAUCACCCAUGACAUCCAUGGUUUGGCCUGAUGUCAUGUGUUGUAACUUCAACAUACUUGGCAACAAGUACCAAAGUUUUGCUCCAAUAAUGGAGAAGACUGUCAUAAUGAUGUCAUGUACACUGUAACGCAAUAGUUGCCAAAUUUGAUUCAUUUAUCCCAAAGUGAGGGAAGUUUAAGUGUUAACAGCGACAAAGGAUCCUCAAAGCAGACAAAUGAGUAUCAGGCAAAUACCAAGUGCAUUUUUUAAGAUGACGUUACAUACAGUGAUAAGAUGUAAUGAGAAGAAGUGAGAUUAGAGGAACUUUAUUUAUCCCUGAGGGGAAACUGGAUAGUUUACUUCUUAAAAGUAUCAAUCCUGCAUUUACCGUUAGUUUUCAAACUACACACUCUUGAAAACGUUGGGUUAAAAACAACCCAAUUUGGGUAGUUUCCCAACCCUGCGCUGGUUAAAUAUUGGACAGAACACAUGCUGGGUUAAUUUUACCCAACUAAUUGGAUUGGUUCACUUAACCCAAGAAUUGGGUUGUUCAUAUAACCCAACGAAGGGUUCACAGUAACAUCUCUGCUGGGUUCUUUAAACCCAGCAAGUUGGGUUGUUAAUAUUUAAUAAAAUAUUUAAUUACAUUAAUGCAUCAGGUUUCAUUUAGCGCUUUAUCAGAGACCCUCAAAGCGCUUUACAUUGGAUACAUCAUUCAUUCGCUCACAUCAGCUAAUAUGAAAGCUUGCUACGUUUGAGGCAAUGUACCUUAUGCUACUAACAUUAGCUAAUCAUUAGCUUGCUCACCUACCAAUCGAUUCCUGAAGGCAGAAGCUGGUUCACAACAGUGCUUCACAAACUUACAUCUUAACAACAAAAUGAGGGUCUAUAUAAUAAUAUCAAGUAAUCUACAUGGUAAAGCAAUAGUGGGAAUGUAGCAAACCUUGCUUUGUACGUCUCCUCGCAUCGGCAGUUGCGGCAUCAAUCUGGUGAGUGGGUGGUGCUUGGUUUCAAAUGCCCGAACGUCUACCCAAUGUGUUGGGUAGUCCACAAUAAACCAACAAAACUGUAUAGAAAUUAUCAAACCAACAGCUAAUAACUCUGUUCCCGACAUAAAUAACCUUGUGAAUUGGAUACUCAGAAUACCAAACUCCAUGAAAAUAACCCAAAUAAAUUAACCAACAGGCUCAACCUAGUGGUUGAGUUAAAAAACCAACCCAGCAUUUUUUUGUGUGCAGACUGUUUUUCUUCAACUGCUUGACAGUUUGAGCUUUGAGAAAUGAAUGCUGUCCUCUGCUAUACGCUUUCAAAAACUGUUCACCUUGUAAUACCUGAUGUUUUGUGUUUACCUGCUGUAGCGUUCCAGCUGUAUGCGUUGAACAGUGACAUGUCGUUACCCAAAGCCCUGGACUUAGAGUUGAGGGGUGACAUUGAAGAUUGUCUCCUUGACAUCGGUAAGGAUGAUUCAGAUGCCCUCCUGCUGAUAAACGAGGACUGCAUAAUAUUAAAAAUGUUUUGCACCAUUGGAAGUUUUUCAAAUAUUUAUUACUUGCUGGUUUGAAAGGGUUGUCUUUGUAGCAGAAAAAUGUUAAUGCCAUGUGUCUUGGUGCACAAAACAGCCUUUUAUCAACAAUUUGUCGUGAAGUUAAACAGCAGUGGUUUGUUUGUUGAUGUUGCCAGGCUACACCCAUAGAGUCUUGAUUAAGCCCAUUUAACUUUUUCAUAAUCAUAACCAUCAUUAUUUAACCGUAACUUUUCAUUGAUGCACACAUGAAACUCUUUAUUCAUCUUUGCUUCAUAUACAACCUUCCAAGCUUAGCUGCAGAUGACGAAAACCGCAUUGAAGAGGAUCUUAUAGGCAACUUCACAUGUUUCAGUGCCUAUGACUCGGAUUUAUUUUAUGUUCCUUGGAACCAGAGAUCCAGAGAGUGAGGCCAAAGCUGCAGCUGUUUGCAUGUAAUGAUUCUUGGUGCGAAGACACUGUUGAUACAGCACUGUGAGCAGGAAGGAUCAGGCAGACUGAUGUACUUAUUGCUUCAGUUAACUACAUUUAUCAUCAACACUGACUUAAAAUCCUCCUAAAACUUGAUGACUAUCUUAGACUACGGCUUUGACCUCUUGAAUGGGGAAGAUGUUUACAAGAUCCCUGCUUGUGAGGUUCUUUCACAGCCAGUUACGGGAGAAUUUAGACUUGAAAGGCUUUGUCCUAUAAAUGAUUGAUUAUUCAGGUCCAUAAAUCUGAAGUUUUUCCUGAGGUUGGAAAAGGAAUAAUAGGAAUGAAAGGAUUCAUGUUCAGCAGAGCAAGCGUAUGCUCAGCAUUUUUUUACGUAAGCUUGUCACCCAGACUUAAGAUCACUGUGACUCUGGAUUAGCACAUAGGUCAGGCAGUCAGUGGUGGAGCACGGAGUACAUCUAUUUUCCAAUAGGGGCUCGUAUAGACUCAGUGAACUCAUCACACAACACCGUAUAAAUAAACUGCUUUGUACUGUAAAGUCUCAGUCCUGCAACAUGUGGUAUCCAGACAGAAAAUGCUGGAAGGAGGUGAAAUAAUACAGGGAGUGCAGAUUCAGCAAAGCUUAAAGAACAGACAUAAUGUUAGACAGAUGAUCAUAUCUGCAGAUUCUGGUCUUCAAAGAGCACAAUUGUGUGUUGGAGUAUAUUUCCAAAUCUCACUAACAUGCUAUUUUUCCAUUCUCAUUGGUUAAUAAAGAUCAUGCAACUGUUUUCUUUGUGCACCACCUUCCACAACCAGUUCAUUCAGAAAAAGGCUUUAGCAUAACUGAUCUGCAAGGUGUUGUAGGUACAGUUGGUAGCAUUUCAUCGUCAAGCAAAAUUACAAAACAUAAUGUGAUUGAAUAAAACAAUAUCUUAUUUGUUUACUUAAACUAAUUAAAUUGUUAAACUGGUAGUAAUGUCAGGCCUGCUUUUAUGUGAUUAUAAUCAGAGCUGUUGCUUUUGUGUCUCAGUGAAAAUUGCCUGGAACAAACCAGCUUUCUUUGCUGAGAAGCUUCAUAAGGCCAUGGAGGUGUGUAUAAAAACCCAAUCUCACUAUCUAAAUAAAAGAUUGCUUGUGUGUGCUUGCAGGUGUGUGUGUGUGAGUAUGAGUGUGACUGUUGGAGCUAUUUUCUUAUUUGUAUAUGUUGUCAUUGGGGGGCACUGUGGACAGCUUCAGAGAGCAUGAAGCUGUCUGACCAAACCUGACCAAACAAAGGUGUGUCCACAGUGGCAUUACACAUUUACAUUAGGUAUGUGUGCAUCACCAGUCAAAUGGUGUUUCUAAGCUGAAGUACAGUCACCUGCCACCAGGAUUGCUGCCAUAAUACUUUAAUCUCUACUACCUGGAUAUAAACAAGAACAGAUGGCAGAAGGUAUCUUAUUUUGUGGCACGGUUUAUCAGAAUUUUAACCCAGAAAAUUAAGAUGAAGUCAUAUCACUGUAGCCUGUGUCUGAAUAAAUUGCCAAAUAACCACUCAACCAAUCAAUGAAAAGCUAGACCUGAAAGCAGGCCUUUAGUCUGAGUUCUUCCUCUUGAUAAUCUGAAGACCCUUUACUGAACACUCAAAGGUGUGUACUGAAUCGGCCCGCUCUGCUCUGUUUUCUCAGGGUCAUGGUACAUGUGAGCAGACUCUAAUCCGGGUGCUGGCGAGCCGCUCUGAGGUGGACCUGAAGAAGAUUGUGGAGGAGUACAGGGCCAUGUAUGGAGUCUGCCUUCAGGACUCUAUAGUGGUAAAGUGACAUAACUAUUAAGUAUUCAAACAUUUCCCGAAUGGUUGCCAUUGUCUUUUGCUUGUGUUUAUCUAAUGAUGUAUCACAGUACUAACACUGAUUAUUUCCUUGUCUCUGUUCCACAGAAUGACACUGAGGGACAUUAUCGGUCCGUUCUGCUGGGUCUAUGUGGACCUUUCUGAAGUUGUGGUGCAACUACUUACUAAGGAUCAAGACUUCCUCACCAAAGGACACUAAAGUCUCACCUCACACACAAUUGUUUCAUUAAUAUGAUUUAGAUUACUUAAGGAGCUUACCAGUUUUGUGACGACAAUCCUCAUUCUGUUGGGCUCCAUGUUUUGAGGGGCUAAGAGUGUGGAUCUGAUUCUGUCUUACUUGGUUUAUUAUCAUCCUUAUGUCAAUUAUUAGGUACAUCAGAGAACACUGAUGGGAUUGGGAAUUGAAACCCCUUCUGUGAGACCAUGAUAGAAAUAGAAUGUAAUCUUGGAUGCUCUGUGUCUGCUUCUAGAAAAUGUCAAAGCCUCAAUAGAGCUGUGGUUAUUAAAACACUAAGACAGAUGAAUUGG